GCGGCCCGGGAUAACAAGAAGACGCGGAUCAUCCCUCGUCACCUUCAGCUGGCCGUGCGUAACGAUGAAGAACUCAACAAGCUGCUGGGGGGCGUCACCAUCGCGCAGGGCGGCGUUUUGCCCAACAUCCAGGCCGUGCUGCUGCCCAAGAAGAGCGAGAGCCACAAGGCCAAGGGCAAGUGA